AUGAAAGAGUCCAAAGUGUACCGGAUCAUCAAAGCGAUGCCUAAGGGGGCCGUGUUACAUAUUCACGAUAUAGCCAUCUUGGGGCCUGAAUACAUGUUAAAUAUUACCUACAUGGAUAACUUGUACGUAUGCUUUGGAAAGAAAACUAAAUUCUUGUUUUCUAAUACAACUCCCAAUACGACAUGUGACAUUGGCUGGCAACUUAUGAGCAAUGUAAGAUAUGCCGCAAAGAACAUUACUCAGUUUGAUUUAGAAAUCAGGAAACUCUUUACUAUGGUUGUAGAAAACCCUGAUAUUGUUUACCCUACCAUCCAGGAGACAUGGAAACGAUUUCUAAAGCACUUUAGAACUGUCUAUGAUUUAUUGUCCUUCAGACCAGUUUUUGAGCAGUAUCUCUAUGAUGUUCUAACAGCCUUUCGUAAUGAUAAUAUUAUGUAUGCAGAAUUGAGAGCAGGUUUAAAUAAACUUUACGAUUUAAAUGGGACGCUUUACGACAAAAUAACAUUUAGUAAACUAUAUAAAACAAUAAUCGAUAAAUUUGUUAAAGAGCAUCCUAGUUUUUAUCGAGCAAAAGUAAUUUAUGCUUCAUCAAGACAAGUGGAUAAGCAAUCACUUGUCAAUAACAUAGAAAUAGCAAGAGAAAUAAGUAAAGAAGUGCCGGAAUUAAUAGCUGGCUUCGAUUUAAUCGGACAAGAAGAUGUGAAACCCUUAAUUGACCUUGCAGUAGUUUUAGACACAAUAAAGGAUCUAAAUUUCUUCUUCCAUGCGGGUGAAACAAAUUGGUUUGGAACGAGAACAGAUGAGAAUCUUAUUGAUGCAGUUUUACUUGGAGCUAAACGAAUAGGCCAUGCAUACGCUCUGACGAAGCAUCCAAUAGUUAUGAAAAAUGUAAUUGAUAAGGGUAUUGGCUUAGAAGUGAAUUUGCUAUCGAAUAUUGUAUUAUCCUUAGUUAGAGAUGUGCGUAACCAUCCUUUGAGUAUAUUCUUAAGUCUUGACUUACCAGUAGUCUUAUCGAGUGACGACCCUGGGGUGUGGGAAGCUGAGCCUUUAUCUGACGACUUUUACGUGGCUUUUGUUGGUGUGGCCAGCCGAUCUUCAGAUAUAAGGUUGUUGAAGACUUUAGCACUUAAUUCAUUGAAGUAUAGUGCAUUGGACCACCUGAAUAAAAAAAAUGCUAUUCGAGCUUUUUAUGUUCAGUGGAAUAAUUUUAUAAAUAACUUUGAUUGCUCUUUCUAUUGA